GGUCCGUCAGCGCCGUGUUCUAAAGCGGAGUGGACCUGCGGACAGUGAGCGUGUUGGCGCGCAGAGGCGUGGGCACAAGGACGCAGUGAGACCAGAGAUCGGCGCAUUCCCGCGACAGGCACAGCAAAACUGGGAACAGCAUCACAGUCGCAGAUCUGACAAAGCGGCACCACGGGAACGUGUCAGUGCGCGCGAGGACGUGUGCCGUCUUACUCUCAUUAACUCCGGACUCCAUGCUACAAAAAAGGACACGGUUGCAGUUCCCUCGUGGAUUCAAAAGUUUACAACUUAACUAGUUAUCCGCUCCAGGCUCCUGUGUACACGCGUGGUGACUGCGCACGGACAUGGCGCAAAGGUAUGAUGAGCUGACUCAUUACGGAGGCGCGAUGGACGGAGUCCCCAGCUCCAUGUACGGAGACCCGCACGCACCCCGGCCCCUACCGCAGCUCCACCACCUGAGUCAUGGGGCUCCCCCACACCCGACGCAACACUACGGAGUCCACGCUCCGCACAACAUCAUGGGCAGCUCCGUCAGCGACGCACUCAAGAGAGACAAGGACCAAAUCUACGGCCACCCUUUAUUCCCUCUGCUGGCUCUGGUGUUCGAAAAGUGCGAGCUGGCGACCUGCACGCCCCGAGAACCCGGUGUGGCGGGAGGAGACGUCUGCUCCUCAGAUUCCUUCAACGAAGACAUCGCUGUGUUCGCAAAGCAGAUCCGCGCAGAGAAACCUCUGUUCUCGUCUAACCCAGAGCUGGAUAACCUGAUGAUUCAAGCCAUUCAAGUCCUGCGGUUUCAUCUGCUGGAAUUAGAAAAGGUCCAUGAGCUCUGUGAUAACUUCUGCCACCGCUACAUCAGCUGCCUGAAAGGAAAGAUGCCCAUCGAUCUGGUCAUCGAGGAGAGGGACGUCUGCAAGUCGGACUUUGACGACCUUUCAGGAUCCUCCACUAAUCUCGCAGAUCAUAACCCAGCGUCCUGGAGAGACAUGGAUGAUUCCCAUUCCACUCCCUCUGUGGGUACUCCAGGACCAUCCAGCGGGGGACACGUUUCCCAGAGCGGAGACAACACCAGCGAACUUGGUGACGGCCUUGACAACAGCUUGGCAUCACCAGGCACAGGAGAUGAGGAUGACCAAGACAAGAAGAGACAGAAGAAACGAGGCAUCUUCCCCAAAGUGGCGACAAACAUAAUGAGAGCGUGGCUAUUCCAGCACCUUACACACCCAUACCCAUCAGAGGAACAGAAAAAGCAGCUAGCACAGGACACAGGUCUCACCAUUCUUCAAGUGAACAACUGGUUUAUCAAUGCAAGGAGGAGAAUAGUCCAGCCUAUGAUUGACCAGUCGAACAGAGCAGUAAGUCAGGGUACAGCUUACAGUCCAGAUGGCCAGCCAAUGGGAGGCUUUGUUCUUGAUGGGCAGCAGCACAUGAAUCUUCGACCUGGUGGGCCGAUGGGUAACAUGGGCAUGAAUAUGGGGAUGGAUGGGCAGUGGCACUACAUGUAAAUUCACUCCACUGAGGCAAGCCUGAACAACAGGGUGAAGCCUUCAUGGUUGGCUCAGGGAUCUCCUUCUGGCUGCACAGAUCAGUUGACAAGUCACACUUCUGACCGUACAUCUACCUGACAGUACCACUCCCACGUCCUGCGUGCGCCUGUGGAGGAUCACCACGGAAGCGUGUCAUCAACUCAGCCCACAGAUUUUCGAUGUGAGCUGAGGAGCUUUGCGUCUGCACAGGAAAUUAGAAGAGCAAUGACUAUAGAGAGGAAGAACCAAACAUAUCCUCUGUUUCAUUUUAAAUUAUUUAUUUAUUUUUCUACAAAGACAGACUUCUUUGUUUUUCCUGCCCACCCUCCCCUCCCCAACACACACACCCCUACCUUUUGACCACCUCUUGUACAACGAAAACCACACACACACACACACACACACACACACACACACACACACACACACACACACACACACACACACACACACACCUUGAUGAGAAAAAACCCAUAUGUUUCUAAAACGAUGGGAACUCGAUUGUGCUGUAGAGAUUUGUGCUCUUUGUUUGGCUCUUUCAGUCCUUAUUCGCGCUUGUGAUCUGUUAGAUGUUAGACUGCAGCUCUUCUCACUGACACGUUUUGUAGCCAAGCUAAAAGCAAGAUUUUGUAAGAAAACUGUGUGAUUGUUUGUUUCUGCAUUUCUUUCUUCUGUUUGACAUCUCACAGUUUUUAGACUCCUGGAUGGAAGGAUCUGGAUGAGGGAAUAUGAGUUGAUGGUUGUGAGUUGAAUUCCUGACAAUGUUUAAAAUCAUUUUGUAGCACCAAAUCACGGACAACAAAUCUGCACUAAAACUAAAUAAAGACUUUACGGAGGAAAGCAAAAACGAGCACGGAGCAGAGCUUUGUGUUUUACUUGAACAGCGGGCCUAAGGAGAAAGCAGCUGAGGCCGCAGCAGCGGUUGGUGGAGCAGGUCACGUAUCCGUGGUUCGAUACGAGACGAAAUUGCAGUUGUCUCGUAUUAUUCGAUUGAUGGCGGCAGAGAUGAUGGAUGGGCGAUUUCAAGAAAAUCUGAAACAAGGCGGAAGCUCCAGCUUUCACUCCAAUAUGACUUCUGUGGCUGCUGCUCUGGGUGUAUGUGUGUGUGAUAACAGUCAUUAUUAGCAGGACAAUAUCAUUAAAUUAAGCACAUAUGGGAUAAUAAAUAAAUACAUUAAUGCAGCGAACAGCUCGUUUAUCACUGCCAGCCUGCACCGAUUAUCUGCGCU